AUGUCCGGGAUAUAUUCUGUUGAAGACCUGUUGAAAUUAAGAGCUUCUCCUCUAAUAUGCAGACCACCCAAUCUCCCUCCCAUGGAGGAAUGGAUGGGAGCGCAAGAGCCAACAGCGAGAAGACCUGCAACUCGACCCAAACCAGACGACCAAGGGUUGUCGAGUGAGACAUUUCAGAAAAGACCUACUCUUCUUGAAGGGCAACGACGAACAACCACUGACCCUGAUCGGAUAGUGCUCGGUCCUCCGCGUAGGUCCUUCGCUUCCUCAACUGCACGUGCUACAGAUAAGAAAUCGGAUGCGCCAGAAGAAAAGUCAAAAUCAGGUGACCCGGCCGACUCUCAAACCCGUGAACGAAGAAGUACACAGACAAAUGGGCGGCAUAAUCGCCAUGAGAGUGAUGAUCAAAGUUUAGACACUCGUCGAGACUACGACCGUAAAUUGAGAUGGGGUAGAGACAAAAAUGAGCAACAAGAACUGGAAGACGAUCAAUCUUUGGAAGAAUCUCGUCCAGGAUUCAGACGUGAUACAGUUUCCAGAGCAAAAAUGUCACAAUCUUGGUUCAGAAAGGAUGGCGGGGAGCCAUUGGAAGAGAGCAGACGUGACACGGACAAGGCACCUGAUUGGCGAACACGAGCAAGAGAACGUGAUUGGGACCGUUCCCUCAAACCUGAGGCAGAUCCUGAAUGGAUGGACUCAACAGAGCCCGAAGAGCCAUUCCAAGCUCAUACUCAAGAAGAUUUCCAACGUUGGAAGGAAAGAAUGAAAGCUGGUGGAGCUCCACAAGAACAGCCAGAACCGGUUUUCAGUGAUUCACCUGUGGGCAUUACCGAGGAGAAGACUGCACAAAAGAUGGCAUCUCCCGAACCCGAUGAUUCGAUGGACAAAUUCUUUGCUAGGUAUGAGCAAAAAACCGUUACUCAGAAACCUGCGUCUGGCAAAUCAGGAGGAACCAAAACUCGAUUUGCGUCUUUAUUCAGCCCAUCAACUGAGCAGUCUAAGCCAUUCGAAAACAUGGCCCCUGCUGCAACUGAGAGACCUACUUCUGCUCAAAUGCCAAGUAGUAGUCCAAUGGAUGCUGAUCAAGCCGGAUUUGCACGAAUCCUCGAAAUGUUACAAACACGAAGUAACAACCCUACUCCUCAAACUCAAGAACAAGUCAAACCUAGGACUCCAUUAUAUGCGAGGGAUGUACAGCCAAAAGUGGAAGGUGAACCUAGACCUUCAUCAUCUUCCAAUCCCAACCUAUUGUCAUUCUUAGGCAAUCAAAAUGUUGGCUAUCCCCAAGAGCCACCGCCAUCUCACGAGCGAUACACCGACUCCAAAUCUCCGGCCGAUCAACAUUCUCAUACUCGACAACAAUCCAGUAUCAACAAGGAUGAAGUAUUGUUAAAUCUUCUCCGACAAGCUAAUCUCGCUCCUAAGCCACAACCACCUCCACCCCAUCAACAUUCGGACAUGAGAUCUGCUGGGAUGAUGUAUGGUGGACCAGAUCCAAAUACAAGACAAGAAUCGUCACGAAGGCAGAUUCCUUCUCAAGCACAAGACCAAGCGAUGAAUCAAAGACGAGAGACAGGACGAUCAAUGUUUGAUGAGCCUCCUGUACCUAUGUACCACAACGACCCGGGAUCACGCGAACAUCUCUCAAGACGACUUACCAAUGGUCCACAGCCCUCCUAUAACGAGGACCCAUUGAUGGCUCUGUUACGUAGUCAAAACCAAGGUCAACAACGAAUGAUGCAGCAAAGUCAAGCCCAGGGUGUACCGCCUGGUCUUCAAAGACCUCCGGGGCUUGACCAGAUGCCCCGUCAAAAUCCCAGUUGGCCACCACAACAACCUCAAGCACCACCUCAAUCUCAACAACAACCUCCACGUCAGCCACCACUACCUCCUGGUCUGGCCAAUAUGCCUCGAGGUAUCCCAGGAGCACCCUACGGCCAACCACAACAAAUUACCAGCCCACCGAACAUCCCACCACCGCAGGCACAGCGACCACCCCCGCAGCGCAAAUAUACAGGCGAGUCCCCAUCCGCUGCAGGAUUGCCGAACUUCCCACCAGGCAUGGUUCCACCACCUGGGUUCAUCAAUGCAGGCCCACCACCGGGAUUUCCUGGAGCACCGGGCGGAGUCUAUUCCGGGAGAUUCCAAGGUGAACCACCUCAGGCCGGCAGAGGGGCAUUCAUGGAGAUGUAUGGUGACAUGGGUGGACGUGGAGUAGGGUUGAGAGGCGGAGGAGGAAAUGGAGGAAUGCCUCAACAAUACAGAUGA